UACCCGUCCACAUAGUGACUGCGGUCUAGCUAGGGCGGGGGAAUGAAUCUGGUGUCUGGAAAUACAUAAAUAAAUGCAAAUUAACGGCAAGGCAAAUACUAUUCAGACCUGUAUUUCUAGUUUCAUAUUUGGACUGUAUGCCCAUCUGUUUUCUCCAUCCACUGAUUUUUUUCACGGGUGCGUCUGUUGGUGCACGAGGACUCUGCGCGGGCUCUUGGACCUGGAGGACGCAUCCAUCAAGCUCCGAUUGUGAGUGUUCGCAUAGCUGUACACUGAAGGAAUGCCUUAUCGGAUGUGAUAUUACAGAAUACUUGUGAAAUAUAGCCUACAUUAUAGAUAGGUCUCUGCCGCGCUGCAGCCUGUGAGGACUGCACGAGUUUUUUUGGGUGGAAAUUGUGUGUUUCGCAGUGGAGAGGUUUGGGUGACUAUUUAUAACCAAGGAUCGGCAGUCUGGAAGGUUUGAUUUUCUCCAUUAUAUGUCAACCUUUUUCCUCUAUCGUAAUAGAUUUUCCCUCCGCCACCGGUCUCAAUAUUAUUUUCAAGUGACCAUCUGCACCUUUUUUAUUCGGUACUGAAAAAAGCAGAUUACAUGCAUAUGUUCUUUGGAUUAGACCUCCCUCUGGACAACUUGGCUUUUGCGUGAAUGGGAUAUCUGUGUAUUAGGCAUAUUGUUCACCGACCUUUGUAUAAAGAGACGAGGCAGGUUAUUAACAUUAGCCUACACCGGCAUUGUGAUGGUGAGCUUUUAUAAUCUGAAUUGACAGCGGAAUAGGAUCAUUUUGGAAACUGCUUGUGGGACACUUGGCCAGGUGAAAAAUGAAAGCUCCCAUCACACUCCAGAUUCUUCUCUAUGCUGCUGUGGUCCGAGGUUUCAAAACAGUGUCCAAGAGAGGCUCAGUGGACGACUGCACGGAUUGGUCAGUGGACUACUUGAAAUACAAAGUGCUUUUGGGGGAACCGGUGCGGAUUAAAUGUGCUUUAUUCUAUGGAUACAUCAGAGCGAACUACACCCACUCCCAGAGUGUGGGACUAAGCCUUAUGUGGUAUAAAAGUACAGGACAUGGAGACUUUGAGGAGCCUAUCUCUUUCGACGGCAUCAGAAUGAACAAGGAGGAGGACGCUAUCUGGUUUAGACCCACCGAGCUCCAAGACGUUGGACACUAUUCCUGUGUAUUGAGGAAUUCCACAUAUUGUAUGAAAGUGUCCAUGUCACUGACAGUGGCGGAGAACGACACUGACCUCUGCUACAACUCCAAAAUGAGGUACUUCGAGAAGGCAGAGUUAAGUAAAAGUAAGGAGAUCACCUGUCCGGACAUUGAGGAUUAUGUACAGCCGGGGAAGGAGCCAGAGAUAGUCUGGUACAAGGAAUGCAAGCCAAAGCAGUGGAGACAAAGCAUUGUAAGGAGAAGAGAUACUCUCUCUAUCCGGGAGGUGCGUGAAGAUGACAUUGGAAAUUACACGUGUGAAUUACAGUUUGGGAGCUUCGUGGUGAGAAGAACUACAGAACUAUCUGUUACAGCCCCUCUGACAGACAAGCCUCCAAAGAUCCUGUUCCCCUCAGAAAGCAAACUCAGCACCCUGGAGCUGCAGUUAGGAAGUCAAGUCAACCUGACGUGCCGAGCGUUCUUCGGCUUCGCCGGGGAGGUCAGUCCACUCAUCUACUGGAUGAAGGGAGAGAAGUUCAUCGAAGACCUGGACGUGGAGAGGUUCAGAGAGAGUGACAUCAAGCUUAUCCGGGAGCACCUGGGAGAGCAGGAGGUGUCCAUCACCCUGACCAUUGACUCGGUGGAAGAGGCUGAUCUGGGGAACUACUCCUGCUUCGUGGAGAAUGGCAACGGCAGACGACAGGCCAACAUCCAGCUCACAAAGAGAGCAGAGCUUAUGUACACGGUGGAGCUGGCGGGAGGCUUGGGGGCCAUCUUGUUGCUGUUGAUCUGCCUCGUGACCCUCUACAAGUGCUAUAAGAUGGAGCUCAUGCUCUUCUACAGGAACCAUUUUGGCAGCGAGGACAUCGACGGAGAUAAUAAGGACUAUGAUGCCUAUCUAUCCUACUCCAAAGUGGACCCGGACCAGUGGAGUCAGGAGACCCGUGAGGAGGAACGCUUCGCCCUGGAGAUCCUCCCCGACGUCCUGGAGAGGCAUUAUGGGUAUAAACUGUUCAUUCCAGACAGGGACUUGAUCCCAACCGGAAGUAAGUUUUGUUUCACCAAUGAUCAUUUCCAGGACGAUUCAAGACUCCUUAGAGCCUAUAUCGAGGAUGUGGCGCGCUGUGUGGACCAAUCCAAGCGCCUCAUUAUCGUCAUGACACCCAAUUAUGUGGUGCGGCGUGGAUGGAGCAUCUUCGAGCUGGAGACCCGCCUCCGGAACAUGCUGGUCACCGGGGAGAUCAAGGUGAUUCUGAUUGAGUGUGCCGAGCUGCAUGGCAUCAUGAACUACCAGGAAGUGGAAGCGCUCAAACACACCAUCAAGAUGCUGACCGUCAUCAAGUGGCGUGGCCCCAAGAGCAACAAGCUCAGCUCCAACUUCUGGAAACACCUGCAGUACGAGAUGCCCUUCAAGCACAUGGAGCCCAUCAUCAGCAACGAGCAGGUGCUGGACGUCAGCGAGCAGGGCCCCUUCGGCGAGCUCCAGACUGUCUCCGCCAUCUCCAUGGCAGCAGCCACCUCCACCGCCAUGGCCACGGCGCACCCGGACUUGCGGAGCACCUUCCACAACUCCACUCUCAACUACCACACCCAGAUGAGGCAGCAGAAACAUUACUACCGCAGCUACGAGUACGACAUGCCCCCCGGCGGCACACUGCCUCCCCUCUCCACCCUGGGUAACCAGCACACCUACUGCAACAUCCCUAUGACUCUGAUCAACGGACAGAGGCCCCACGGCCAGGCCAGGACACCCAGAGAACAGAGCAUCGAGGAGGCACACGCCAAUAACGUCAUGCUACCGCUGCUGCCACGUGAGACCAGUAUAUCCAGUGUCAUCUGGUGACAGCACCAGGCUGGCGUAGGGACAGAUGGGACAUAUGUAGAGGGAGAUUUAGCUGGCAGAGUGUGUGGUGGUGGUGCGACAGAGACCCUUAGAGCACUAGAGAACGCUGCUGUGGAAUUUGCACCAGGAUUCAAAGGGGGAAAUCAACAACACAGGACAAGUCAUUCUGUCAGACUAAGACGACGUUUGUUCGACAAGGACUAAGGAGGAUUUGGCGUGAAAAGGAGAACCCGUUUGGUUUGAGAUGCCUGUACACACACACAGACACACACAGACACCAACGCCGAUGUUCAUUUACCCAGAAACUCAAGGAAUACAGGGUCUUGUACAUAUAUUUUAUAUUUCUUAAUAGCGUCAGUAUUUUUCUGUUAUUUUCUUUUACCUUUCAUUCACCAGUUUUUAUCAUCAAAUUUCUACGUCUGUUUUGAUUUAUGGUUUCAAUUUUUUUGUAUUUGGGUAUGAAAGUGAAACGAUGGUCUGUGAGGUCUAUUGGCUGAACUGUUGUGAUUUUGAUCUUGACUUGUAGUGGAAUAAGUGUAGUUUGAACGCUCUUUGUUUUUUAACAGUUAUGGCAAGAAAAUGUCAUUUUUUGUUGUCCUGGUUACAUAGAUGGAAUCUUCUUUUAUUGGGACUCUUAAACAAAACUAGAUUAUGCAACAGCGGAAGAGGCCUGGGAGUAUGCAAGAUAUGAAUAAAUGAACCGACCAAUCAGGACACUACAGAGACUGGUGCUAGACUUGGUGUGCAAGUGUUGCAGCUCUCACAAGCAUAGUGACAUUUUCUUUUCAAAAGACAGCCUUUCUGUUCAGCUUAACAGAGAAAUAUAUCACCCUAAAAACAACUAUGUGUAUUAUUUUAUGAGAAAGUAUAUUUUUGUAACAAAAAUAUUUGCUUGGAAGUACAUACUUAUUCACAUUCUCAUCCCACUAAUGACAGAAAUAGAGUAACGUGCAUUCUGUUUUCUACAUUAUUUUGCUAAGCAGUUCCCUAAUUGCAUAGCAGACAAAGUGGAUUUUUGAGUCCUUCAAUAAAUAUCUUAUCUUACUGUAAAGAUGAAGAAAUACAAAAGCAUUUGAGAUGUUUUCAUCAAGUCCUAAUAUCAUUGUUGGGUGGGGGGCAAUGUAUAUUUGUGUUUCAAAGACUUUUCCAUAACAGAGUAGUGUGCAUAGUAACUAGAUGUAUUCAACCUGAUAUAUGUCAAUGUAUUUAAAGAAAAAACACUGUUCACACUCGAAAACGUUCAUCAAAGCAGAUUCGUGAUAAGUAUCUUCAUUUCCCCACCGCACAUGAAUACCAGAUAACCUCGAUGUAGUGCCUCCCUGAUUUCUAUGGAGAAGGACAGCAGCCAUUUGAAAAGACGACACACUGAACACAGUUGACUUCCAAGAUAUGUUCAGAGUGUUGUUGUCAUAUGUUCCUAUAAGAAGAAAUCUUUAGCAUACCAUGUGACAGUCUGUCAAACAGACCAAAAUACAAGAACAAAUCAUGGCGUUAGACCCAAGAGAAAUGUAUCUCCACACAUGAUGUUCAAAUUCAACUUAAACCCCUUGAAAUAUCCAAUGGUCCGUAGCGGUAUGAGGAAAUUCAAGAUUAUCCUCAUUAUUCUUCAAGCAAGUGAGACCAAAGCUAAAAUUGUGCUUGUGAAGAAAAAAGAUCUGAAAUCCACCACAUGAUCCACAUUAGGGCUUGUUUUAGGGCUUUACAAAGUUUUCUGGUUAGUUUCAGAUUGGCCAAAAUAUGAUGUCAUGAAGUCCAAUAAAGCAACACUAAGAACUACUCAAAGACCCCAAUGUUGUUGUUUACCAGGACUUGGUAAAGCUUGGUUGGGUGGUGCUUUAGUGGUGAGAUUAGGCCUGUGUUGGGUCGGUCCUGACACAACGCAUGUCCCUAUAAUGUUGCCAUGUUUAAGCUAAUGUAAACAGUCUCCAAGAGAACCUCUGAAAGAAAUAAAGCGACAGACUGUGCUAUCAUACACUCCACAAUCAAGUCAUACAUAGUUCUGUAAGUCGCUUUGGAUAAAAGCGUCUGCUAAAUGGCAUAUUAUAUAUUAUUAUUCUUGUGAACCCUAUGAUGUACGAAACGAUCAUUUACGGGAUCCGACACAGUUAUUCGAUAUACUGUAAUAUCUGAUAUCGUAUCAUUGUUUUAUUGAUACUUUAUAAUGUUAGCAGCUUCUAAACAGAAACAGUGAGGUAGUGUUUUCAAUCCCUUGUAGUGCCAAACAUUAUGCAAAGUGAAUUAACCUAUACACAAUGAGUAAACACUGUAAGAGAUUUCUUUGUCCCCCUCGGUCUGCAAAAAUGAUUGGUUUUUCAAUUUCCCUUUGGUUUAACUUUUCAGUGUUGGUCUUUUUCUUCAAUGUACUGUACUCAGUUGGCUGCUUGGUAUAUCACUGAGAAGAACGUCAAUUUCCAACUGUCAUAACUGCCUGACCUAACAGAAAACAAACAGUAACGUUUGAUCCAUUCGAGAGAGCGCUCCUUUAAGGUGUGGAUUUCUUGUAUUCUAUGACAUUGUGUAUAUAAAUCAAAAAUGGUAAUAAGAUGAAGACAAUCUAGCCACAUUCAUAAAAAACGAUGUUUGCAUUUUCAGAGUGAGUGGCAAACUUGUUUUAUGAACCUUUCUGGUAAUGAUAAUAAUGAUAUUAAUGAUGAUCAUAAUUAAUAAUAUAUAGCACAGAAUUAUUCCAGGCACUUUCACAACUCUGAGACAAGAUUACGGUUCUAUUGUCUCUCCAGUUUCUGAUUCAUUUCGUUUUUUAUUAUGUACCUGCAAUGUUAAUUAAAGAGAUACUAUUAUUAUUAAUAAUAAA